GUCCGGAUGAACCUGCUGAGUCUGCAUCCGGCCCUGAGGACCCUCACCUCGGACUACAACUGUCUGAAGAGGCAGGUGCAGGAGUUCCCCUUCAUGCUGGAGAAGGCCAUCAGCGAGGCCAAGCAGGAGAUCUGUCAGGUGAUCAGCGAUGUGAGCAGCACCAACGAGCAGCUGCUGCGGAAAUACAAGCGAGAAAUGAACCUGAGGAAGAAGUGCCACAACGAGCUCGUGCGCCUCAAAGGCAACAUCCGGGUGUUCUGCCGCGUGCGCCCGGUCAGCCAGGAGGAGCAGGACUCGGCCGACUCGAAGACGAUGCUGAGCUUCGACUCCGAGGACGACGCCGUGCUCUACCUCUGCAACAAGGGCAAGACCAUGACCUUCGACCUGGACAAGGUGUUCACCCCGGGCGCCACGCAGGAGGAGGUGAGGACCGGGGUCAAACAUCUGAAACGCUCAA